CGGAGACACAGUGGCGGGGGUUGGCGGCGGUGUAGAGGGAGGAGGAGGAGGCGGUGGUGGGGGUGGUGAUAGUGCCGGUGGUGGUGGUAUAGGAGGUCCGGUUCCGGGUGUGGUUCUACGUUCGGGUCCGACCACCACCGCAAUGUACCGCCGGAUCCGCUCGUGGGUUCUGGAUGAGCACGAGGAGAUUAUGUUCCGGUCCCAUCCCGUGCUGAAGAAGGUGGAGAACGUGAGGCUCCUGGACCGCUUCAGCAGCAAGAGGUCCACAGGCACGCUCUACCUGACGGCGACCCACCUCAUCUUCGUGGACCCGGACGCCAAGAAGGAGACCUGGAUCCUGCACAUGCACAUCAGUAGUGUGGACAAGCUGCCGCUGUCCACGCAGGGUUCGCCGCUCCAGGUGCGCUGCAAGACCUUCCUGGCUGUCACCUUCGUCAUCCCCAAGGAGCGAGACUGCCACGACAUCUACACGUCACUCCUGCAGCUCUCCCAGCCUGUACACCUUGAGGACCUGUACUGCUUCCACUACACAGCAAGCAGCGAUGACUUGGACAAGCGCAGUGGCUGGGACCUGUACAACCCAGCUGCCGAGUACCACCGCAUGGGUGUGCCCUGCGAGGCCUGGGCACCCACCACCCUCAACCACAACUAUGAGAUCUGUGACACCUACCCCCAAGAGCUGUACGUGCCAGCCUCAGCACCCACCAAGGUCAUCCUUAGCAGCUCCAAGUUCCGCAGCAAAGGUCGCUUCCCUGUCCUCUCGUACCUUCACAAAAACCAGGCCGCCCUAUGCCGCUCCUCCCAGCCGCUGUCUGGCUUCAGUGCUCGUUGCGAGGAAGAUGAGCAGCUGCUGGAUUGCAUUCUGCGCUCCAACCCCAACACGUCCCAUAUGAUUGUGGUGGACACCAGACCCAAGAUCAAUGCCAUGGCAAACCGAGCAGCAGGCAAAGGCUACGAGAACGAGGCAUACUACGAGAACAUCAAGUUUCAUUUCUCAGGCAUUGAAAACAUCCACGUCAUGAGAGCAUCCCUUGCUAAACAAAUUGAGACAUGCCAGUUAGUGCCGCCCUCCAUGAACGGCUUCAUCAGCGGUGUGGAGUCAUCUGGAUGGCUGAAACAUGUGCGCUCAGUGCUGGACACGGCUGUCUUCAUCACCAGCUCCAUGAUGGAAGGCGUCAGUGUGCUGGUCCAUUGCUCCGACGGCUGGGACCGCACCGCCCAGACCUGCGCCCUUGCCCAGCUGCUGCUCGAUCCUUACUACCGCACCAUCCAGGGCUUCCAGAUCCUGAUAGAGAAAGAAUGGCUGGCUUUCGGCCACAAGUUCACUGAUCGUUGUGGUCACAUCCAGGGUGACCCCAAGGAAGUCUCUCCAAUCUUCACACAGUUCAUAGAUUGUGUAUGGCAGCUGCAGCAGAUCUUGCCGUCAGCUUUUGAGUUCAACGAGCGCUACCUUCUGGUUCUGCAUGACCACGUCUUCUCAUGCCAGUUUGGAACGUUCAUCGGCAAUUGUCAAAAAGACAGAGUAGAUUUAAGGUUAUCGGAGAGGACGUACUCCCUGUGGGGCUUCAUCAGGAGCCAUGUGACGGAGUACAGGAACCCACUGUACAGGAGGGACUCCACCACAGAUGUGCUGCGCCUCACCCUGUGUCCCCAGAGUGUGCGGUUCUGGCGAGGGAUGUACAACAGGUUUGAGAACGGCAUCCAUCCUCGGGAGCCCCUUGGCGACCUGCUGGCAGCCACCACAGAGCACACACAGUCCCUCUCUGACCAGGCGGACUACCUCACCAAGCGAAUCACGUGGCUGAAGAGUGAGUUGGAGCGGCGGGGACGUAACACCCCAAGGAAGGCAGCUGACGGUCUGUGUGACAACCGCAUUCUUGACGAGGCUCAGCAGAAUGAGGGCAAGGUGGAGAGCCUGGGUGUGCUGGGGAUGCAGGAGAUAGAGGAAUCACUGGUGUCGGUGGGGGCACUCACCGUAACACAUGAGGCAGACUCAGACGUCACCUCAGACAAGAUUGCUCCUGACACAAACUUCAUCAACCCAUCGCACUUGAUUCAUGGCAGUGGAAAGAAGCUUAUGAACCAGCUGUUGUCUCACCAGGCUCUGCGAGCUGUCUCUCCCGAGCUGGCCUCUGUUGCUCUGGAUUGGAAGACUUUCAGGAACGUCAAGGAGUGCUCCUGCUCCACCCCUUUUGAUCAUUUCAGCCGCAAGCACCAUUGCUGGCGGUGUGGGGAAGUGUUCUGCACUCGCUGCAUAGACAAGAAGACAGCACUGCCUGGCCACCUCAGCCAGCAGCCAGUGCCUGUGUGCCGGCCAUGCUACAAGGACGUCACUCGCUCCGUCUCGGUGGACACGCCAUAGUUAGGGAGGAGGGGGUGAUGAACUACUGUGGAGUGAUUGAUUAUUUAUUCCUCUUCUUCUUUCUCCUCUUCUUCCUUCUCCUUCUCCUUCUUGUAAGAGCUGCAGCCAGGCUGGGGUGCUGCCUUGGCAUCUCAGGGCAGCCAGUCAAUCAGAUGGGAUGGAAUGUUCAUUCCUACUUAGCCCUUUGUUGGGUGAUGGUGUGGAAGGCAGGCAAGCAGCUUCCCUGUAAAUUUGCCUCUCUGUGUUAGGAGCAGAGAGCUGUGAUUGGCCAAUACAUAUUGGCCCUACUUAGAAGUGUCCAAUGGGAGUGCCACUGCCGCUGCCUGUGGAGGCUUCCACUGGUCAUGUUGUUGAUUUAUCACUGUUUGCACUCUCCUCAAAGAGGACGUGACUCUGGUAGUGCAUCGUUUGUACACAGGUGGGUUGUACUCCACCACACAGGAUUACCAAGCAUUACCAGAAUACUUCACCUACUUAAACCUCUUGAUCAUUCUUUGAUUGUUUAGCUAUUAGUUUGUUGGAGUGUCAAGUUGUACUUCAGUACAAGUUAUGAAAUGCAUUCAUCCUUUCCAUUAUCAAGAUGGAGUAAGGAGUGAAAUGCAUUAUUGUUAAAAUACCUGGAAGUCUAACUGACCUUAUAACUCAAAAAAAAAAUUACUGUACUCUGAUUUAGUUCCUAUUAUGAGACAAUUAUAUAAUGCAUUGUUAUGCUAGAAUCAUAUAAAGGUAUAAUUGAUAAUUUAAGUUUAAGUUAUAAAAGAGAGGCAGGAGUUGUGAGGUCAGCAUGUUGGUGGGCAGAAUGAGGCUGACACCAGCACACAGCACUGCAGGGCAUGGUGGUGGUGGUAGUGGUGGUGGUGGUGAGGCACCUUGGGGCCUUCCCCAGUGCACACAGUACCUAGAGAAGGUGCAGCUGUAGAGCUGCAUCACAAGUGCUGCAUGUGAAGCUGCACUGUGUAGCUUACACUGUGAUAGUGAGGAUCUGAAAGCAGUGGCACAAACAGGUUGCCACUUUGUGUAGCUAAAAUGAAACUGCCGGCCACAGGAGGCACUGCGUGUCUCAUGAUCCCGUUGUUUCUAGAUAUGUUGCAAUGCUGCAUAUGGCCGGUAGUCUGUCUGUCUGUCUAUUGUUCUCUCUGUCCACGUCUCUGAUGCCGUGUCUCCUUCCAAGAGAGAAGUGUCUAUCUGUCUCUGCAGGAAUACACUGCAAAAUUUGUACAGCAUGGCAGGGUGAACUGAAUCAAAACUGUUGCCUGUCAGAUGUGUGCCCUGCAUCUCCCUGCAGACAGAAGAUUCCACACUGGAAAAACAUUGAGACAUAAAUUUGUGAUCUGAAUAAAGUCAGGUUCGUGACAAUUUAGUUUCAGAAUUGGCACAGGCAAACUCAGAACGAGCUCUUCACAGUCUGUUGUAACUCUCCCUGACAUUCCUCACACCUUUUCCUCUUCUGUUGUCAUUCAGGUCCACAGGCAGCCUUCAGUGAGGAAGUUAAUUUUCACUCAUCACUGAGUCAUUAUUUUGAUUCAUUGCUCAUCUGUCUUACACUUUUCAUCUUAUUUCACAACAAAUAGUUGUUCCUUGUGUGACAUGAUUUCUUUGUACAUCAUUUGAGGGUUUUAUGUCACCAAAUUAACUCCCAAUAAUCCAUUUAAGUAUGAUGUGUCUGCUCUGAUCAAAGUUGCCUGGACAUCCUUCAAGGGGUGAGCCCUCAGAGUUACCAGGAAACAUCAAACUCAUCUUUGGGGAUAAAUUAAUAGGAGGAAAAAUAAAAGAUAAUGUUGAUGAAUUAAAUUUCACAUUAAAAGAUUUCAUAAGCAGUAGGAGAAAACUGUCAAACAAGAAAUAACUGAUUCAUUCCAGAUUCCAGAGUGUUUAUAAAGUUGGUUACAGAGAUCCUAGAAGACUCAAAGACUGGAACCUCACUCUUGUAUCAUUUGCACUCACACUCUAUAAACUGUGAACAGUAGAAAGUUGCACAAAGAGAGCAAAUAAAUUGUUGAGAAAGGGAAACCUAUACCAGUGCAUGUGGGUCAUAAACACAGGAAUGGUAGCAGUAGUUUAGGCAUUUUUCUUCCAGGCAAUACAGGGUUGUGCCUCACAGGUGUGCCAGUCUUUCCUCCCUGCUGGUCUCUACAGGUCUGAGUGGUCAAGGCAAUCAAGGGACACUGAGAAUAGACCCUUGAUAUAAUUGUGCCCCACAUUCACCUUGUAAUUAUUUCCGUUACCUUAAGUUUCUUCCAUUGAUCAGGGAAUACAUUACUAUUAUGAUACUACCAGAUACCAAACUUGUUCUUGCCUCAAAUAUCAUUAUUACAAAUUAUUUAUUAUUUUUUUAUGCUCAAAGCUUAUCAAGAGAUGAAUAAGAAGUGUGGUGUCAGGAGGAGGAAGGCAGUGAUUGCCAUUGAUUCAAAUUUUCAUAGAUGAAUAAAUAAAUGGAGACAAAUGUU